UGCUCUCCAUGAGGGCUGAGCCAGUAUUAACAUGCAGUUGCAAUAUGGAAACCCCAAGGAUUGGACGUAUUUUUCUGGCUGCCAUUGCAGCCAAUUUGUCUGCUUUUGCUGUGGGCACUUGUCUGGGGUGGACUUCACCAGUUGGGGUGAAAUUAAAGGCUGAUGAUACCAAAGAUUCACCGCUAGCCUAUAGAAUCGGAUCAUAUGAAGAUGCUUGGAUAUCCUCUAUACUGGCGUUGGGUGCAUUGGCAGCUCCUUUCUUUGCGGGCCCUUUGGCAGAUAGGAUUGGCCGAAAAUGGACUCUCAUUUCCAGUUCAAUUUUCCUAAUCGUAGCUUUCAUUCUUAUGAUUAUAGCCCAUAAAGUAUGGGUUCUGCUGUUGGGACGUAUUCUGCAAGGAUUUGGGGCUGGUUUUGUCAUGACCAUCAUACCCAUGUAUGUGGGUGAAAUAGCCACCGAUAAUGAAAGAGGAGCAACAGGUUCUCUAAUGCAAUUAUUUUUGGUUUCUGGUAUUCUCUAUGUCUAUGCCAUUGGACCUUAUGUGAGCUAUCAAGUGCUGCAAUGGCUUUGUCUUUUGCUUCCGCUUAUAUUUGAUGUGGUAUUCUGCUUUAUGCCGGAAAGCCCCUACUAUUUGGCUAGCAAGGAUCGCAACAUUGAGGCCUUACAUUCUUUGAAAUUCUUUAGAGGUCAUAAAAGUGCUGAUAAUGUCAAAGAAGAAAUGACAACCAUUCAAAAUAUGGUGGAAGAAUCCAUGUCCAAUAAGGCCUCCUUUAAGGAUCUUUUUACAAAUGCAGGCAAUCGUAAGGCCUUGAUCAUUACCUCAGGUCUAGUGGCAUUCCAACAAUUGUCCGGCAUAAAUGUGGUCUUAUUUAAUGCCCAGUCCAUAUUCAAAAUAGCUGGAACGGAUUUGGAUCCUGCCAUUGCCACCAUUAUAGUGGGAGCUGUGCAGGCGGGGGCCUCAGCUUUAACACUACUUCUAGUGAAUCGUUUGGCACGUAAAUUUAUACUCCUCAUCUCAGCUGCCGGCAUGUGUUUGGCAUUGGCAGCUUUGGCUGUCUCCUUUUACAUCAAGUUGGAAUUGGAAGACACCUCGGAGGUUUUGUGGCUGCCUGUGGCUGCCUUAAUCUUAUACACCAUAGCCUAUUGCAUUGGUUUUGGUCCUUUGCCUUGGGUGGUGUGCGGUGAAAUGUUCACUCCCAAUAUAAAAUCGAAAGCCUCCUCCAUAUGUACCUCGACAUGUUGGACUUUGGGAUUUUUAGUGGCUUAUUCCUACCCAUUGUUGGCUAAUUUGGGUCCCCAUUAUGCCUUUUGGCUGUUUGCAAUAUUUUGCGCUGUGGCUUUCCUGUUUACACUCUUCAUUGUGGUGGAGACCAAAGAUUUAAGUCUGCAGCAGAUACAAGACAAGCUGAAUGAGGUAAGGAAUGAUGAGUGAGUGAG